UCAUAACCACAAAUGUUUUACAUGUCAACAAAUUAUUUUUAAGUAAAAAAUUUUAGUUUUUAAUUUUAUCAUGUCGGCCAUCGACCGUGUAAGAAUAAUGGUACUGGGGGACUCAGGUGUUGGUAAGACUUCCUUUGUGCAUUUAGCCGCUCACAAUGAACCAAUUAAAUCACCUAGUUGGACUGUGGGCUGUUCUGUGGAAAUGAAAUUACAUGAAUACAAGGAAGGAACGAAGGACCAAAAGACAUAUUUCGUUGAACUCUGGGACGUCGGUGGCAGCAAUAAUCACAGGAAUGCGCGACAAGUUUUCUACAAUCCCUGCCAUGGACUGAUAUUAAUUCAUGACUUGACUAACAGGAGGUCGGAGGAAAAUCUUCACAAGUGGUUGCAAGAAGUUGUUAACAAAGAUGUGCAUAGUACUAUUGAUGAGUACGACUCUGAAAGUUUCUUAGGAUCAACACAAAUACCAAUUUUAGUAAUUGGAACAAAACUGGAUCAGAUGGAUGAUAGAAAAUCUAGUAAUAGCAAGUUUGCUGCACAGUUUGGAGCAGAAGAAAUUGUCUUAGAUUGCAGACAGGCGAGGUAUUUGGCUGCUGGUACUUCAAAUGCUGUUAAACUGUCAAGGUUUUAUGACAGAGUUAUUGAGCAAAGCUUAAAAUCAAAUAAAAUUUACUCUGAUCGAUAUAAUCUUAUGAGUUCUGCUUUACCUAGUAAGUUUUACUCACCACAUCAGGAUUAAUUAUAUUUUAUAUUUUUAUUUCUAUGUAUAUACAUGUAAUAAAUUAUUGAAAAUAA